AUGGCCUCCAAGGAAUUCCGUCUUCUCUGCCUCGAGAACCCUCUGCUUGAUAUCCAAGCAGUUGGCAACGAGGCCCUCCUCGAAAAGUACGGCCUCAAGGCCAACGACGCCAUCCUCGCCGAAGAGAAGCACCUCGGCAUCUACGAGGACCUCCUCAACAACUACGACGCCAAGCUCAUCGCCGGUGGCGCCGCCCAGAACACCGCCCGCGGUGCCCAGUACAUCCUGCCCCCCAACUCCGUCGUCUACCUCGGCGGUGUCGGCGACGACAAGUACGCCGCCAUCCUCCACGAUGCCGUGAAGACCGCCGGCCUGCGCGUCGAGUACCGCGUCGACCCCAAGAUCGCCACCGGCCGCUGCGGCGUUGUCAUCACCGGCCACGACCGCUCCAUGUGCACCGACCUCGGCGCUGCCAACCACUACGACCUCGAGCACCUCACCCGCCCCGACGUCUGGGCCCUCGUUGAGGGCGCCCAGGCCUACUACAUUGGUGGCUACCACUUCACCGUCUGCCCCCCGGCCAUCCAGAAGCUCGCCGAGGAGGCCGCCAAGAACAACAAGAUCUUCGCUGUGAGCUUGUCCGCCCCCUUCAUCUGCCAGUUCUUCAAGGACCCCCUCGACGCCAGCGCCCCCUACUGGGACUACGUCAUCGGCAACGAGACCGAGGCCGCCGCCUACGCUGAGGCUCACAACCUUGGCACCACCGACCUCAAGGAGAUCGCCAAGGCCCUCGCCAACCUGCCCAAGAAGAACGAGAAGCGCAAGCGCGUCGCUAUCGUCACCCAGGGCACCGAGCCCACCCUCGUUGCCGUCCAGGGCGAGGACACCGUCAAGGAGUACCCCGUCAAGCCUAUUGCCAAGGAGCAGAUCAACGACACCAACGGUGCCGGUGACGCCUUCGCCGGUGGUCUCAUGGCUGGUAUCGUCGACGGCAAGUCUCUCGACGAGUCCAUCGACAUGGGCCAGUGGCUGGCUAAGCUCAGCAUCCAGGAGCUUGGUCCUUCCUACCCCUUCCCCAAGCAGACCUACUCUGCUUAA